GCGCGCUCGCUGCAGUCCUCUCGUGUGGUACUGUAAUCAUAUGACAGGGAGACGGUCCCCGCUGCUGAAUACCGACACACCGGGCGGACACGAGCGAAGGCGCCGGGGUGGAGGACAGCAGUUGCUCUGUAGCAGAAGGAGUGCAGGCGGAGACGGCCGAAGUGUCAAACAAGUGCCAAACUCCCCCCUUAACUUUUUCAAAACUCUGGAGAGAACCGAGCCGAGGGGUUGGGGGGGAGAACCGUUGAAGAGGACAGGACUCACGAACCGAAGGAUAGUUCGGUGUUCCCGGAGCUGAGAGUUGAGUCUGAUCCGGUAGUGUGGCUGGUGGAACCCCCCUUCCCUCCCCUGGAUCGUCGCUUUUUAUUUAAAAGAAAAGUUGAUAGGAUUUCCCUGCUAGCUAGGUCACCCGAAUCAAAAACCAUGGUCGGGGAGACAGAGGUGAAGGAAAGACCCAAGUCCAACCCGGACUAUCUGAUGCAGCUGAUGAACGACCGGAAGGUGAUGAGCUCCCUGCCCAACUUCAGCGGCAUCUUCACGCAUCUGGAGCGGCUGCUGGAUGAAGAGAUCGGCAGGGUGCGCAAAGACAUGUACAACGACACGCUAAAUGGUGGCAUGUUCAACGGGCGGGACAUGGAGGAGCUCCCCGAGGCCAUCGGACCUGUUGCUCAGCUGCAGGAGAAGCUCUACGUGCCUGUCAAAGAGUACCCCGAUUUCAAUUUUGUAGGAAGGAUCCUGGGUCCACGUGGCCUGACAGCCAAGCAACUAGAGGCAGAGACCGGCUGCAAGAUUAUGGUGCGAGGAAAGGGCUCCAUGAGAGACAAGAAGAAGGAGGAGAUGAAUCGAGGGAAGCCCAACUGGGAGCACCUCAGCGAGGACCUUCACGUCCUGAUCACUGUGGAGGACACGCACAACCGCGCCAAGAUCAAGCUCCAGCGAGCCAUCAACGAGGUCAAGAAACUUCUUGUGCCCGCUGCUGAGGGGGAGGACAACCUGAAGAAAAUGCAGCUGAUGGAGCUGGCCAUUCUCAAUGGGACCUACAGAGACGCCAAUGUCAAGACACCCACUGCCUCUUUCCCGCUAGCGAACCAUCAGGCGCCUCGAAUCAUCACAGGCCCGGCACCCGUCCUGCCUCCCAACCUGCGAAACCCUGCCCCGGUGACCACGCCCACCAUCAUGCCUCUGAUCCGUCAGAUCCAAAGCUCCGCCCUUGUGCCGGGAGCCAAUCCGCAUCCUGCACUGGUGCAGCAAGGACCCGAAUCUGGAAUCAUCUACACGCCUUACGAGUAUCCCUACACACUCACGCCCUCCAUAUUGGAAUACCCGAUUGACUCAACUGGAGUAUUAGUCCCUUCUUCCUGUGUUUUUGCAGCAGGUGCCAUGACCACUAAGAUACGACGCCACGACAAGAGAAUCCAUCCUUACCAAAGGGUAGUGACCACAGACAGAGCUGCCACGGCAACUAACCCAUGACCCCACCCCCUCCGCCCUGCCCCUUGACCUUCUGACCUUUCCGCCCACUGAUGACCCACCCGUCAUUGGCGUGCUCAUUGGCCCGCGGCUCAGCCAACAAGAGACCAGAACAUUGGGAACAAGCCGGCUGCUGCUGCUGCCUCUAUCUAAACCAGCCAACCAGAUGACAGCGAUCCCGGGAAUAAACCUCAGGACCCCACCCCACAGCCCCUUCCCAUCACUUUACCAAACGUGCCUUCCUUCUAAAAUCCCAAAGCCAGUCUAAGAAUCUUCUCUGAAUAUCAAAAUUACAAUCUGUGACAGCUGUUUGACUUUACAAGGGGGUGGACCCCAAACUGGAGAAGGGCUUUCUAAACUGAUUCCUAUCCCGCUGUGCUGCCAUGCCAUGCAAUAAUGACUAUUAAUAACAUAGUAACUAUACUGAUACUGGUGUUACUUAUCAGCAUAAAAAAAAUCCUCCAUACACACUAAACUGUGGGACAUGUGUUAAGAUUUUAUUGCAUUUCUCUGCUUAGUGAGUGCUUCUUUUCAGCGAGUUUUAACCGCAAUGUAACAUUUACAAAUGGUGUUAAAAUAUGCAUAAGUUAACAAAACAAAAAUCUCUCUCGACACCGAAAAAGCCAUCAUUCAGGAAAGGAAAAUGCCAGCACAGAACCCUUUCCACCAUAAAGUGACAGGUGCCCUGGAAGGAAAAAUGAUCUCCUAAAUGCCAGAUCUUGCGGUACAGACCCAAACCUACACCCACAAACAGAAAAGGAAAGUUCUGUCCGAGUCCCUUUCGCAAUGAUGCCUUCGCCUUUUUUCACACUACAGUAUUGUACGACCUCGAACAACAGUGCCUUUAUUUAUCGAGAGUGAAGGAACAAUGUUGCACAUAAAUCUGUUCUUUUAUUUGAAUUGAAACAUCUUGAUGCAGUACAGAGGGCCAAAAAUGUCACAAUGCAAAAUAAAUAAGUAAAUAAUUAUAGAUAAAAUUAUAUAAAACCAGUCACACGUGAUUAUUUCCAUAAAAUUUGAAAUCCAAUAAUUGAGCUGUAAUAAAAUAUUGGAAAUUUAAAAAGUAUAGAAUUAAAAUAAAAAUUGGAAAAAAUGUAAUAAAAUUUUUAUUUGUUAUAUCUUAAAUUCACAAAUGAUAAAAUCUUGAUUAAUAUGAUUAAUCUUACUCUGGCAUCCUCACCCAUAAAAAUCUAAUACAGCUAAAAACAAGGCAACUGAUUUGGAGUUACGUUACUGUUUAGCCAAUCUGCUGAUGUUAGUGGCUGCUUGUUGAGCCACAAUUAUUUAAUGAUGAAAUGCAGUGCAAUGAUUAUAAAAUACUUUAAUGAAUAAUGAAAAUAAUUAUAUCUGAUUAUAUCAGUAUGAAUGCAUAUUUUAAUUUUUUAUUUUUCAAGUAUGAGUUUUGAGUUGGAUUGACAGAUUUAUUUAAUUUUAAUCAUUCUUAUAUGUACUAAAUAUAACCGUUUCCAAAUUUUAUUGAAAUUAUCACAGUUCUCUAUCAACUUAUUUGAUUUUGCCACUUUUGGCCCCCCAUACCACCUCUGUGCCCAACCCCAAAUUAAAUCAUUUGGGGUUCAUUUUGGUGAGUUACGAAUGUAGGGAAUAUGAAUCUGCAUCUUUGUUUCCUUUUUUUUUUGUGCCAAAAUACAGAAGCGCACAAAUUUGUUUGCACCCUUUGCAAAGAUGCAUGCAAGCCUUUUGGAUAUAUUUAUCAGUAUUGCAGUAUCAUAAUAACUGUGAAAAUGUUUGAUUAUUUCAUCAUUUAAUUUAAGUAAAUUUUUUCAGAGGGAGAAAAAGUAAUCCAUUCUUACUGCAUUCUUAAUACUUUUUUUUGCGUCCAUGGUCCAGUGUGUUGAUCUGACUAUAUGCUUUCGAUCACAUGCUUGUGAAAGACCAAUCGAUGACCCAUUUUCAGUUUUCUGGGAAUCUAUUAAGUCUUUAUUUUAAAAGUUUUGCAAUGCCUUGCACCCAGUUUGUUGCUUCCAGUUUGUUUUGAGCCUUACCUGAUCACAGCUCCAUUUAAAGUCUCACACAUCUUUAAUCAUUUCUCUUUUUUUUAUGGAGACUUGGUAAACCUCAAAAUGGCUCAUCGGAUUCAUUUGAACAGAAUGUUCUCUUUUCUCUCUCAUUCUGAAGAGAAAUAAAUCUGGGUCAUGUCAGAUUAGAACUCUAUUAACACAUUAAAUGGAGGUAUAAAUUAAAAGUUUCAAUUUUGAAACUAAACUAUAUCUGCAAAAGAAAUGGGGGGAAAUUUUUUAUGUUAACAAAUGUUGGUUAAAUGUUAUGUUAACUUUUUCCCACUGACUAAAUAUACUGAAAAUAAAGAGUGGAGCUUUCUGCAGUUUCCAUUAAGAGAUUAUGCUGCUGCAAUAAAAAUAUAUUUUUUAAAAAUAUAUAUUUUAAGUGUUUUUCAGUAGGAAUGCCAAUACUUUUGUUUGCAGUCAUACGUAUGAGUUAAAGUAAUGAUGCAACAACUGAAAAGCAUCUUUAAAACAAGAACAGUGUUAAAUUUAUCUUUGUUUUUGUGUUUAUUUUUUCUUCUUGUUUUGCAUGUGUAUCUGCUUUUUGUCCAAAAGAACAAUUUAACAUUCACACAUUCAAACCAAGUGAUGCCUUCAAAUGAAAGAAAACCAUGCAGUCAUAUCUUCUGUACCAAGUUGAUAUUGUAUUUUUAUAUUCUAUUUUGUACGGCAGAAAAGAAAAAAAACAUUAAAUGAAAUUUUCAGAUAAGAGAAAUUAUGCCUUAUUAUGGAUAUAGAAUCAGUUUAAGGUCAAACUAUCCUUCAUGUUACAUCAGUAAUGCUUAUUCCCUGAUAAACUGGAGUUCUCUGUUUUAACUUUUUUGAGCCUUUGAGAUCAACAUUGCUUGCCUUUUGUGCCUUUUUUUGUAUACGACAACGAGUGUGACAAUUAACAGUGUAGUACAACAUUAAUCUACUCUUUGGUGCCAAGUUUAGGUUACUAACUGUUACCACUUCUGUGAUUAUUAACCACUUUAAUGUAUCUGUCUCUGCCUCCUUUUUAAAGAAUAAAAAGUGUGUCUAAGACGGUAAGAAAAAAAAAAGAAACGUGCUGAAUGAUGAUCUUUUAACUUUUAUCUGAAGAAUAACUAUUUGUUCAAGUAUUAAACUCUUAGAUGUAAAACUAACAAACUUUGUUGCUUCUUCUCUGUAGCACUUAAUUAUGCAAAACAGCUUCCUUUCUGCAUACUAAUCGCCAAAUACUCUUUAGAUUCACAGAGGAUUAAAAAAAAAAAACACCAAAUGAACUCUUUAGCCAAGAUGCAGGGAAAAGGCCAAACUGUGUUUUUUUUCCCACUUCUCCUUUUCUGUUUUUUUUUUCUUCCUGUGCAAUUCAAGUGGACAUCACACACACACAUACACAUCCAAGUGGGUAAUAAGAGAGAAGAAAACACCCAGCUCACCAUGGUUUCUCACAGGCAUGCACAUGUUUAACAGAAAAAAGAAGGGGAGGGGAGCUGCAGGUUUGAAGGCCGAGCUGACCGGGGAAUUGAAGGAAAAUUGAUUGUGCAAGCUCGCCCUCGAACAUCUGCAAAAGUAAAUAUUAGACUGGAUCUCAGUCUGUCCCUAAAGCCUCGGGAAGAACUAAGUUUUAACACCCUACACAUGUCUUGGUGACUUACAUUUGCUUGAGCUCAUCUUUAAAUCCCCCUUUUUUUUUUGCACAGUUCAAUCCUCAUGCUUUUGAGUUUGAGAGCAAAAAUUCCCUUUAAAGUCUCAUGUAAAAGUUUCACACGCAGAAAAAAGGAGGAAAAAAAAAAAGUAGAAUCACGUGGGGGUGUUCAGUGGUGAAUGCAGCAGUGGGUGGCUCAUUCGUCCUCUCCCUGCCCUUCCUGCUUUCAUUGUAAAGUUGGGGAGUGGGAGAGGGGAGCUAGAGG